AUGGCGACUCCGUUCCUCCCGCUGGACUCGACUUUGUCGCUGGAGGAGCCAAGCGACAAUGUGACAGCUCCUGCCGGCGUCCUCGUGUGGAACGCCAACCAAGCCUGCGACUCGCAGGGCUGGAGCAGCACCUCACCAGACCUCGCGCUGAGACCCACGGCGUUCAGCGAUAAGCGGUUGCAGUUUUUGAAUGCAGUUGAAGGACGGUCAGCCCCGCCUGAGUUCGUAGACGUGGUGGCGGGUCAGUACGACGUGCGGACGUGGCGAAAAGAUGACAUGAUUUUGUCGAUCGAAGGCGAGAAGACGGUCUACCUAAAGGUUCCGACUAUCGCCACCGUUGUUUCGUGGACAUCACCUGAACGCUUGCCCAUUCUUACAAAAAGCUGGCGGCCUGUCGUGUUCCUGCUCAGUCCCUGUAACGUCGCAGUCAGGUACACGCCGGAUGCUGUUCUGUAUUUGACGCGGUCGGCUACAGACUCGACGUCCUGGAACGUCACCCCGGUCAGUUACUCUGGCGGGUUUUGCAGCGUGGAUCCUUGCAGUGACCGCGUCAUAGUCUACGGGUCCUUCGCAGUGCCAGGAGCGGUUGAUACCAUUGUUCUGCCGCCGCAGCCAGGUUCCUCCAAGAGUGAUUACUUUAUUCAGUACCAUAAAUGGGGGUUCCUCAUCGUCCCCAAACAGGUGGACGUUCAGAAGGGAGGUCUGUGUGGACGAGGAAAUUCAAAGAUCGCAACAGUGGUUCACCCUCCACACAUGUUCAUUAGCGUCGAUCUGGUGCUCCCUGCGAAGGUGUCCAAGACGUUGCAGUAUGAAAAAGACUUUGCGAUCACCGCGAAAAAAACCAGCGAAUCCGAUAUCGUUAUCUACCUCAUUUUGGAUGGACAACUGGUUGCUUUCGACUACUCCUUUGAUAUUCGCAUCAACAAACCCGAGAAGCCACACGCGUUCCUCAGCGCGAAAAUAAAGACGCGCUUCUCCGAGGAAGAACAGGCGAAAAUAAAGAAGGCUAAGGCAGAGAAGAAGCCCUACUCUCCGCGUAUCUCCUUUGUCGAAUCCGACUUACAAAAAGUUGUUGUUACAGAGGGGUCUCCCCUCUGCCAAGGACACCUCCUCAGCGAACAGGUCGCCGCCAUUUACGAUGCCAACAGCGGCAUGUAUUAUUCGAACCCCGUUGGGCUGAAGCUGACAAAGUUGUUCAAGCAACUUGUGACACCAAAGCCAAACGCAUCGGCCGCCAAGGCGGCCAGUGGCGCGGCGACCUCUUCUCUUCCCGCGGAGAAAAAGCCUGAGGAGGCUGCGCCGGCAAAAAUUGCCGCAUCGCCCCCUGCGGCCGCCGAACCGAAAGGGCCUGCGCCGCCAGCAGCACCCGCCGCCGCGGCGGAGUCACCUGCAGCAGUGGCGGAGUCACCUGCAGCAGCGGCGGAGUCACCUGCAGCAGCGGCGGAGUCACCAGCAGCAGCGGCGGAGGCACCUGCAGCAGCGGUGGAGGCACCUGCAGCAGCGGCGGAGGCACCUGCAGCAGCGGCAGAGGCAUCUGCAGCAGCGGCUACCGAAGCACCGGCAGCGACGACCGAAGCACCGGCAGCUCCAACACAGGCAGAAGGGGCGGAUGCUUCGGCGUCUGCAGCUCCCAAGGCGGACCCGGCAGCGGAGCAGAAGGCCGCUGCGGAACCUGCCGCUGAGAACAGCGCGUAG